CGGGCGCAUGGCGGUGUCCGGUCCCGCGGGCUCGGGCCCGGGCUCGGGUCUGCAGCUGCCCACGUUCGCGGCGGCCCGUGCUCUUGUGAAGCCCGGCUCGUGCCUGAGCGUGGGCCCGCACCGGCGACACGUGGCGCUGGCGCCUCGCUUCCUGGGCCGCAAACGGAGCGGUCUCCGCGAGCAGUUGGACGGGGAGCUGCUGCGCUACUCGGAAAGCCUGCGGGGGGUUCCUGUCGCCUAUGACAACCUGAAGAUCGUGGGUGAGCUCGGGGACAUCUACGACGACCAGGGCCACGUGCAUCUGAACGUGGAGGCUGACUUCGUGGUCUUCUGCCCCGAGAGGGGACAGCGGCUCCUGGGCACAGUCAAUAAGGUGGCGCCCAGCCACCUGGGCUGCUUGGUGCACGGAUGUUUCAAUGCCUCCAUCCCCAAGCCAGAGCACAUGCCCGCAGAGCAGUGGCAGGGUCUGCACUUCCAAGUAGGGGAUGAGCUGGAGUUCGAAGUGUCCCGCCUUGACUCAGACGCUGCGGGUGUCUUCUGCAUUCGAGGAGCGCUUGUUGUCAGCAGGUGGGGAUCUGGGGAUGUCAGCAAUGAGCCCGAGCCUGGAGCUGGGGAAGAGAAACCAAAGAAGAAGAGCAAGAAGGGCCUGAAGCAGCCCCGUUUGGACUGUGACCUCAAGCAGGCCGCUGCUCCUUCUGAUGAGGCUGGGGCGGUAGAGAUUGACCCCCAGGCCCAGGAGGCUGUGAAUGGACUUUGUGAGGAGGAGCAGGAACUUCGGGCAAAGAAAAAACGCCACCGAGAAGAGCCUGAACAGGAUCCUCUGUGGCAUGCCAGCGACUCGAGCGGCUACCAGAGUGACCACCAGAAGAAGAAGAAGAAGAGGAAGAAGCAUAGUGAUGAGCCUGAGGGCCCUGUGGCCCCUGAAGAGCCUCGACCAAAAAAGAAAAAGAAAAAAGAGUGAGCCACUCUGGACCGAACAACCAGAGGGGACCAUCCAGUCCAGGGGCCUGAGGAAGGGCCUGAGCACAUGCCCGCUGGCCAGGAAAGGAGAGAAGAGGGGUUAUGGGUGAGCAUUGUAAUGACCCAGAGAGUAAAGAUGACUCCCAGGAUCCGGGGGAAUUCCAGCCUUUUUGCCAGGAGAUGAGGGAGCUGAGUAUCAUGUUUGGGCUGUUCCUGAGCCCAAGAAUUGUGACUUUGGUGUCCAGAUGAGAUGGAGCAAUUACCAGGAGCCCGACUUUCCCUGUUUCCAUUGACAGCCUGGCAGGGGGCAGAGAGGGCAGGGCCUGGCUUCUCCAGGACCCCCAGUGGGGCAGGCCUUACUUCUCCUUGUAGUCUGGAGAGGAUUUAGCCAUUCCUCCCAUUGUUAUCCUCACUUCUGGGAAAAUUAAUAAUGAUGAUUAAUGGCUCCCAUUCCCAUAGCACUUGCUGCAUGCCAGGCAUGGGGCAAAGCUCUUUCCAUCUUUCCAUCUCAUUUGGGCCUCACAAGGCCCUGACAGCAAAGAGGUGCUGCUGUUAUCACCCCUCUUACAGCUGAGCCAACUCGGGCUCAGAGGCCAAGGGGCUUCCCCAGGGUCACUUAACCAGGCCAAAUUUGAACCAAGGGCUUCCUGACUCCAGGUCUAGCGCUCUAACCACUGUGCCUCCUGGUGGCCCCCCACUCUACACUUACUAGCCAAAAAGAAGGUAAAACUGGGUGUCCUAAAGUACUUCUCAUGUGAUGGGAAGAUGGAUCAUAGGAUUGUUUUUUCAUCAUGAAUCCUAUUUUAAAACAGGUUUCCAUUUAAAGAACUUGAAUGUAUAUACAGCUUUUCUAGAGUGGGGAGGAAUUUCUCGUGAAAGUUAAGUAUGUGUAUGUUUGAAUAAAGAACAGAGUACUUUGUUAUGGAGUAUAUAUGUGUGUGUGUGUGUAUACAUAUAUAUGUGUGUGUGUGUAUAUACAUAUAUAUGUGUGUAUGUGUGUAUAUAUAUGUGUAUAUAUAUACACACACACAUAUAUCUAUAUCUUUGUAAACCCAGUAUUACCAAAGUGCCUUUUAAAUUGCCUGCAUAAUAAAAAGAAUCUUUUAUUUAGUUUAACUUUCAAAGUCUUCCUAUUUUUACCACUAUAUAUUCAGUUUUGAGUUUAUGUUUUAAAUUCUGUUGUUAGAUCGUAUCACCAAAUAAAUGUUAGAAUUCAA